UCCUCCGACGGUGAUCUCAUAUCGUAAAUGUGGUUGGUUUCCUCUUCACUUUGAUACUUUAAACCGACUGAAUUGACUUGCAGUCAUUUAAUGGUCUGUUCCUGUUUUAAUGUACGAAAAUGAAACGCGUUUCGUCCUUAGGAAGGAGUUUGGUUUUACUGUUGUGUUUAUGUUUAGUGGAUGAAGGUUUCGCUCAGAGACGAAAUCGUAAUGCGAGACAAAGUCAUAAUGAUCGAAAGUGCCCAGAAAACACCAAAUGCGUGGAGUACAGCAGAUGCCGUCCCAGCCUUCUGAGAUAUUUGGGACAUCCACCCCAAAAUUGUGGUCUCACAUACCAUGGGAAGCAAAGAAUAUGCUGUCCUGAGAGACCAUUCUUUUCUCCGCGUACACCGAGAGUGACAGCGAGGCCUACGCCACCUAAACCAGUUACUCAAGAGACACCAGUUGCAACUUACAGGCCACCGAAUGGACAGCAAGAAUGUGGUAAAGUCAAUGGAUUGCAGGGGUUCGUGAUAGGAGGAAAGGAGGCGAAACAAGGAGCCUGGCCUUGGAUGGUGGCAAUUUUUAUGCGAGACCGAUAUGGAAUAUUUACUCAUAAAUGUACAGGUGCCAUGAUCACUAGAAGACAUGUGCUAUCCGCUGCUCACUGCUUCAAAAGAAAAGAUCCGUCUCUAUAUGUAGCAAGGAUAGGACACGUUGAUCAGAAUCUAGCUUAUGAGUACGGUAUCAGUCAGAUACAUGUUCCUAAUACUUACAGCCGUAACCAAUAUUAUGACGAUAUAGCUGUCCUGACUUUGUCGAGAGAGGUAAAUUCCGAGAAUGUCAGUCCUAUCUGCUUGCCUUUGAGUUCUGAAUUCGUAAAUUUGGAGGGAACUGGUACCACAGCUGCUGGUUGGGGAUCGACAAAACCAGACGGUCCUGCAAGUCGUUUGUUAAUGGAGCUCCCUGCCAUUCCUGUUAUAUCUAACCGGAAAUGUAACGCUAUAUUGACUGAAAAAGUGCUAGACUUUCGACAACAGUUCCCAAGAGGAAUUACAGAUGGAUUUGUAUGCGCAGGAUUUUUGGAAGGUGGUAGAGACACUUGUGGGGGUGAUUCCGGGGGACCUCUGAUGGAUCUUCAAGGUGAUCAUUGGUAUGUCGUUGGAGUGGUUUCAUUUGGAGUGGAUUGCGCCAAACCAGGUUUUCCGGGAGGUUACACAAGAGUGUCCAAAUAUCUGAAAUGGAUUCACCAAAUCAUUAGAUCAUGAUUGCUCAAGAAUUUUUAGGAUACGUUGCUUUCAGAAUCACUGGAUUUUAUUUCAAAAUUUAUUUAUGAUCCAUCUAUUUAUUGAGAAAGAAAAACCAUUUUAUCAUCAUUUGUAUAGAUAUAUUUGCAGAA